GUCGCGGAGCUGGCCGCGUUCCUGCUCCAGCGCGCGGCCGCGUCCGAAGCGCUGCCCGAAGGCGCCGACCCGCCGCUGGUCGUCGUGGGUGGCUUCGCGCUGCGGCCCGCGGACGCGCUGCGGGACGUGGUGCGGGACGGCGACGCCGUGUCCCUGCACGCGCUAGGGGGCGGCGAUUUGCCGGCCAGGGCCCCGCAGGGCCCUGUCGCCGAGGGCCCUCUGGCCACGCCGGAGCAGAAGCAGAGGAGGCCGCGGCCCGAGGCUGGGGGCGUGUCGCCGGCGACGCUGAGCUGGGUGGAGGCACUGUCGGCCAAGAUAGACGGCCAGGCGCCCGCCGAUGCGGCAGCAGGGGCCGCCGCGGCGAGCCCGGCGGGAGCCCGCGCCAGCGCCGCCGCGUCCGCGCGGGAGGCGCUAAAGGCCGCGAAGCUGGCGGCGUCGCAGGCGCUCGCGGAGUUCUCCGCCAACGGCCUCGCGGCCGCCGCCGCCGCGACGACGACCGGCGACGGGGCCGCCGGGGCCGCGGGGGCCGCGAAGGCGCCGGGCGGCGGCCGCAAGCGCCGCGCGGAGGCCGCCGCGGCCGCGGCAGAGGCGGCCGCGGCGGAGGCACCCGACGCCGCCGCGGAGGCCGCCGCGGCCGCGGCAGAGGCGGCCGCGGCGGAGGCACCCGACGCCGCCGCGGAGGCCGCCGCAGAGGCGCGCCCGGCGGGGGGCCGCAAGCGCCGCGCGGAGGCCGCCGCGGAGGCCGCCGCGGACGCCGCGGAG